AUGGUCGGUCCCAACCCGACCGACGACAAGCCACCGAAGGACGUUCGGCAGCACUUGGCUACCAGCACCCAUCUUUUCCUUCCACUUGACAUCGCCAAAGCCACCUAUCUUCUACCACUGCUGACUACAACCCUCAGCACUACCAACUUCAUUGCCUGA